AUGAAAAAUUUAAAAGAAUGUUUAUCUUCUGAAGGAAGUUAUAAAAGCACAAAAUAAUUUAAAGAAAAUAUUUAGAAUGAGUAUAUUGAUGUAAUAUCAACUUAGGGAUACGUUGAACUAUGUAAUUGAAACCUUGGAGGAUAUUUUUCAAAGUCCAAAAUCACAUCCUAUAUAAUAAGUACUUGCAAUGAGAGUAAGUCUGUUGGUAUGUUUAGCUGAGCAGUUGACAAAAGAACUAAUGGAUCUUCAUUAUGAUUGUGUUGUUUAUUCUGUGACCAAUAACAUUAUUUAUUUGAUAGAGGAUAUUAUCAUGAUAGAUUAGAAGAAAAAUGAGAGAGGCAAAUUUUAUUUUAGUGAUUAACCAGGUACAAUUAAAUAUUACUUAGAUUAAUCUCUUAUAUUACUUGGUAAUACAUUAAUACGUUUAGCACUUGAAAGUAUUUUUGUAUGGAAUCUAUGGCAUCCAAAUAAUUUAGCUAUCACUUAAGUGUAAUUAAAUGUUUUCUAAUUGUAGUUAUUAAAGAUUAAUUGACUAAGGUGUGUAGUUCCCAAAAUUACAUUACUUUAAUGCUUAGAAAGUAAAGGAAUACUAUCUAACUGUCAAAGAAAGUUCAAGAAAUGGUACUCUUUAUAGAAAGCAAUCAUUAAUGUUAAAUGAACAAUAUUUUGAUCAACUCAAAUAGACUAUUGAGAAGUAUUAGUAUAAUAACAUAAAAUUACAUGAAAUCAAUGAAGAAUUAAAAUGUAAUAACAUUAAUAAAAAUAUAGAAAUUAAGCAUGUAAAUGAAAAUUAGAAAUAAUUCAUUGAGAACUUUAAUAAGGCUUAUAAAGAUUAUCUUGUAAAUAAUAAAUUAGAAGAAUUUAACAAUUAAGUUUAAUCAAUGUAUAUGUAUUAUUAAAUUAAGUUGCUUAGAAUAUGAUGAAUUGUCAAGCCAAAAAAAGCAGAGUAAGAAACUAAACAAUUAUUUUUAGAUAGCGCAAUAUAGUUUUGUACAUAUUCAACUGAUAAACAAAGUAAUCAAUUUUCAAGAAGUAUUAGUGUAAAUAUAUUUUAUUUAUCAUAGUCUUAAAAUUCUUAAUAGAGAAAUGGUAGUAAUAAUAAAUAACAAUCUAUUGAAUAACUAUUAUAUGAAAAUGAAUUAAUUUAGGCAUAAAUUCAAAAUUUUGAAAUCCCAAAAGUUAAUAGUCAUAUAGAUAUUUGA